AUGCAUUUGAAAACCUUCACGGUUGCCUUGUUGGCUUCCUUGGCUACCGUUAGCGAUGCCAGUCCCUGGGGUCUGCGCGCCCGCAACAACCGGCCUAUUGAAUCCAUCAGUAUCGAGACCUGGUACAGCACCGAGACCUUCUACGGCACGGAAACCUUCUAUGGAACCAAUUCGGCCCCUACGGUGAAGGUUACUCCAACCGCAGUGUCCUCGUCUGCUGUCAUUGUCACCCCGACCUUGUCUCCAAACUCAACUCGGGUGGCCUCUUCGACCUCGAAGCUCCCGUCAUCGGCUGCAGCAAUGUCUACUGUUACUCCGUCUGGUAGUGCGUCCUCUUCCCGGGUGAUCAGCACAUCGGUCGUGACAGUAUCCCCUAGUACCGCCUCGUCUGGUAUUGUUUCUUCGAGUGCGAUCAGCUCGCCAGUCGCAGCCUCCCCGACAAAGCUGUCAUCUUCUGCAGUGGUGUCCUCCGGUGUGGUCUCGCCUAUCGUUUCGCCCUCGCAGGUGAGAAACAGCUCUAUCAGUGUUCCCCUUAGCACCGGCGUCCCGAGCUCUAGCACAUUAAGCCCGAGCUAUACGAACGCUGCCGAUGUGACUAUCACCUACACUCUCGGUGCUGGCACCUCGACCAGGGUUGUUACCACUACUAUCCAUAAGACGGCUACUGCCGCUGACUCUGCUGUGGUGACCGAGACUAUUCCUGCCGCUUCUGGUGCUCCAGCCACUACUGAAACCAUCACAUUUGUCGAGACAGUCAGCAACGGCCACACCGUCUGGGUGACUGAAACUGCUGCCGUUACCUCUUCUGUUGCAGCUACGGAUGUGACUACUACUGUCGUCCCGACUGUUAGCAGUGGACACACUAUUUGGGUGACUGAGACUAUCACUCUCGGAACUGCUGCCACUAGCACUCCUGUUAUCAGCAGCUCUGCCAUCAGCACUCCUGUCAUUAACGGUUCUGCUACUAGCACUCCUCUUAUCAGCAGCUCCGCCAUUAGCACUCCUGCCACCAGCGCUCCUGUUACCAGCGCCUCCGCUAUCAGCAGCCCCGGUGCUUGCAACCCGGCCACCGUUACCGUGACCUCUGUCUCUGUCCAAACAGUCACUGUGAGCGGGACCGUUACUCCCACGGCUUCCUCCACUGCUUCCCCCGACAACGACGGCAACAACGGCAACCACUGGGGCGAGGGCCACAACCACGGUCACCACAAUGGCGAGGGCCACGGCACUACCAGAAGGCGUUCGUUCUUGCCCUUGCACCACUUCAUCUAA